GCACAAAGUACGUAUGAGAUAGUUCCACAAGCAGAAUUAAGAAUUGUGAUUAUAUCAGUAUAUCUUCAGAAUCAUUAAUUAAUCUCACACUGUACUUCUUCAACGCCCACUCCGCCGAGUAACACUGAACGAGGAAACUUUUAUUAGGAAUACAGUCAAAAGUACUAUAUUUAACUUUAUAUAAAAGCUGUUUAGCGAUUAAGUCAUUGAGUUUCUAUUAAAGCUGUUAGGUUGCUUCGCAAUGGUUCUUGGUGUGGAGUAAAUUUAUAAGAUAUUUUGAUGACUUCUAAUAGUUUUGCUGAGAUAUAAUUUAAUUAUAGUUUUAGAAAGAUAGCUCAUGCUCUUGCUAAAAUGACACUCUCUAUGAACAAUAACAAUAUAUAUACAUAUUUGGUGGACUGUAUAUCACGGUUCUUUCUACACAUGUUUAUGGCUGAUUUAUAGCCUGAAGAUCUAUUUUUUUAAUUUUUUUUUCAAGAAAAGAAAAACUAUUCAUGCUAAAUUGUUUUAGCCUUUGUUUUUUUUUUCUUUUUGGAUAAUUUUAGUAUUUUUCUAUAUAUUAUGAACCUCUAUUAUUAUAAUUAUUAUAAUUUUUUUUGGGCAGAUAUCAUAAGAUUUGGCAAACGUUUAAUUUAUAUAUGACUUCUCCAUUGCAUUGAGGAGUUAAUAUAUAAUAACACAACUUACAAUUGCCUUUACAUGUCGAUUCUAUGCUGUUUAGUAGUGUUGGCUUCUGCAAUCUUUCUUUGUUCACUCACUCUUUCAUUCUACUCAGAGGAAAAACCCAAAGCCUAGUGAUUAUAGUAACAUUAAGGAAGAGUAAAAAAGAUGGGAGCUGCACCUGUUGAGGAAGAUUUCUACCCAAGAAAGCAUUUAAACCAAACUCAUAUCAGCAGCAGAAAGCACAACCUUCAGAUGCUUAUUGUUGUCGUUUUCACUAACCUUCUCACCCUUUACAUCGUCGCAGGGCCUUCUAUCCAUGUCAAGAACUCCAUUUCUGGUUACACCAACAAACUCUUCCAUGACCAUGUUUCAACAAUAGAACAACUCGAUAGGACCAGUCAGUCCUUGGUUGUUGAGCUCAACGAGAAACUUAACUCCACUAACUUACUUGUUCAGGCACUGCUUGUUGAGUUGGCUAGAAAAAAUGAGGCUUCAAGUAGUGAUGAAAUAUGGGAGUUCAUGAAUCAGAAUGGUAAUAAUGAGCUUAAGCUAGCUAUUGGGCCACACAAGCUCCCACUUGGGAAAUCCUCUUCUACUACCGGAUUGGAUGAAAUUUACUCUGCAGUUGGAGCAGGCUGCCUGAGCCUACAAGAGGAUCUGGCUCGGUACUUAACAUAUGAAAUUGGAGGGGAGUGUCCUGUGGAUGAUGUUUUUGCUCAAACACUCAUGCUUAAGGGCUGCGAGCCGCUUCCUCGACGAAGAUGCCAUCCCAAGUCCCCUGCUGGUUACAAGGAGCCAACCCCAUUUCCAGACAGCCUCUGGUCAAUCCCGCCGGACAGCAGCAUCAUUUGGGAUCCUUAUACUUGCAAGAGUUAUGGGUGCCUCAUUCAGCGGAAGAACAUGUCCGGGUUUUAUGGCAGCCAAGACUCUUUUGAUUUGCAGGGUAGGGAGAAGAGCCGCUGGCUCCAUGACAAUGGAGGACUGAGUUAUGGGAUUGAUCAAGUUCUGAGAAUAAAACCGAAAGGGACAAUCCGGAUAGGACUUGACAUUGGAGGUGGAAGUGGUACAUUUGCAGCUAGAAUGAGAGAAAGAGAUGUGACUGUCAUCACAAGCUCAAUGAACUUUGAUGGCCCUUUCAACAACUUCAUUGCUUCAAGAGGCCUGAUUCCGAUCCAUGUCAGUGUCUCUCAUCGGUUUCCUUUCUUUGAAAACACACUGGAUAUUGUUCAUUCCAUGCAUGUUCUGAGUAAUUGGAUUCCAGACACCCAUCUAGAGUUCAUAUUCUAUGACAUCUAUAGGGUACUAAGGCCAGGGGGACUUCUCUGGCUUGAUCAUUUCAUCUGCACCAGGCCCCAGCUGAACCAAACUUACAUCCCUCUAAUUGAACGUGUUGGGUUUAAUAAGUUGAGAUGGAAUGUUGGCAGGAAUGUAGACCGCAGAAUGGAUAAGAAUGACUGGUACUUCUCAGCCCUGUUGGAGAAACCAAUGAGCUAAGUUUAGUAGCUUUCUAUACACAGCAAUAUGCUCUAUAGAGGCAUCAAAAGUAUGACUAUUCUGUCUUGAAGUUCUAAGAUUUGAUUGGUUAUGGUUUUUUUAGCUUUCAAUGACAGAUCUAGAAUAUUAGACACCAAGAAGCAAUAUGGAAUUUCAAGAGAAAAAAAAAAGGGAAGAAUAUUUAAAACAGAAACACCAUGGAACAUGGCCAUAAAUUUGAAUGUAAUGACUGUUAUGGCCUAUCUGCUUUUCUCUGUAAUUAUACACAGUGUUUCUCUACAAAUUUUCUUUCUAAUAACACCAAAAGUUUAAAACUUUUGUUAAA